GAAAAAUCCUCGCCGACGUUCCUCACCACGGCGACGGCCACCGCGACCUCGGCCCCGACGUUGCCUACGGCAGCCACCAUGUCGGCGAGCUCCGUUGUCCCCACGCUGCUGCCAGAUGAGCGGCCCGACAUCCUCUCACUGCUCGACGCCGCCGCCCGCCCGCUCGCCGACGUCGUCGCCGACUUCCUUGCUCGGUUCCCCCGCGAGCGCCGCCUCCGUGUCUGCGGCGCCCUCUGCUUCCUCCUCGAGGACAAGAUGAUGCUCCAUCCUACUGGCCGGUUAAUUGCAUUUGCAAUUCUUCAUCAGAGUUAUUCGCCGCAGACAGCAAAUCCAUAUAUUCCUAUAUUGUUAAAUGCAGCCUGUGAUGAAACGUCAGAGAAAUCAGAACGGGCGUUUGUCCAACUAUUAUUGACUUCAUCUAGUGGAAAUAGUAAUAACGAGGUCCUGAAUCAGUCUGCCCUUGAUUACAUAAAUGGAUCUGUUUCAGCAUCUCAGGUCUUUUUGCCUCGGGAACAACUUGAGAAGCAAUACUGCAGUACUGGUGUACAUUCCUCGCCUCAGACUAGUAGUUUCACAGCUCCUGCAGUUAGAAGUGCUAUACCAGAUCCAGACGUCCGUCAAAGUUGUGCAAAUUCAUCAGAGUCUUCGAUAUCACCACCUGGAAGCAAACAGAAAUCUGCGUCUGAUGAUAGAGAUACUACUAUUUCUGUUUUACUCGAAGACAUACCAGGGGGGAGGUUGGGUCCGCAAUGGAUUCGGCCCACACCCCCAAGACUUCCUUUAUUUGAUGGGGAGCUACAAUGGCUGAACCCUGACAAUAACCACGAGCUAUUAUGGGAUUAUAGCAUGUGUGCUGACACGAAUCGAGGGGCUGCUAUCCGAGAUUUGAUUGCAAGAGCCUUAAAAGGUCCACUUGCACCUAUUCAACAGGAGCAAGUCGUAGUAGAACUGGCAAAGGAUCCUAAACUGGUUUAUUAUUGUGGGAUGACUCCACAGAAGCUUCCUGAUCUUGUUGAACACAACCCACUCAUUGCUGUUGAGGUUCUUUCAAAGCUAAUUCACUCUCCUGACAUUUCUGGUUACUUUGAUGUUCUUGUGCACAUGGAAAUGAGCUUGCAUUCUAUGGAAGUUGUGAACAGACUCACUACUGCCGUUGACCUUCCAACAGAAUUUGUCCAUGAGUACAUCACAAAUUGUAUCCAAUCAUGUCAAAACAUAAAGGAUAAAUACAUGCAAAACAGACUUGUGAGACUAGUUUGUGUUUUUCUGCAGAGUCUUAUCCGAAACAAGAUUAUAAACGUUCAAGACCUUUUCAUCGAGGUACAAGCGUUCUGUAUUGAAUUUUCACGGAUAAGGGAAGCAGCUGGUUUGUUCCGGCUACUCAAGUCGUUGGAGUGAAAGAAUUCGUGUGUUUUUUACUUGCCGUCUCUGUACCAUACUGCAUCGUGUAUGUUUCUACUUACAUUCUCUGGACCAUACUGCAUCUUUUUUCCCCCUAAUCUAUGUACAUCUUCAUUGUCAUGGUUAAGUCAGAUGCCUCAAGGGCAUUGGAUGCGAGGAUCAUGUGUUGUAUUGAAAAUUUUCCAUGGAACCAUUUUUGGAACUUU